AUGUUUCUGAACCCACCAGCUGAGCCAGUGCCUGGCUACUCUCUGAAAGUGUUGUACUCCUGUUCUAAACCAGCUGUGGUGCUGGUGGAGUGUCUGGUGUCUUAUGACACUGGAGUAAGCUCCACAGUAUUCCAGAGACACUGGAGCUGUGAGCCGGGUCCGGACCGGAUUAGGACUCUGCUACUGAGCCUCCCUGACUGGCUGGUGUACCAGCCUGACUGGGUUGUGCCUGACACUCAGUGGGUGCUCAGUGGCAUGCUGCGUGCCUCAGUCAGUGAGCAGGAAUCUGAGGACAGUUACAGGUCAGGCCAGGCCACUGCGGUGGUCAGCUUGCAGCCCACGUCCCCUCUCAGUCGCCCCAUGAAGCAGCAUCAACUCUGCCCUGGCUGGGCUACACAGAUGCUGUGGUUAACCCGCAGGACCACCACCUCACAAUGCCCUGUGGAACAAGGCCAGCUGCAUGUCCAGAUGCAUGGGGAGACUGGGAGAUCCUCAGCGUUCCUUUGCCCGUUCCAGGUGCCCCUGGCCCAGUGGUGCCACAUCAACGUGGAGCUGCGUGGCAGAAUGGUGGAUGUCACCAUGGUGUGCAUUGAUGGGAAGCAACGUGGCAGAAAGGUUGAUCUGGCAUCAGUGGGAAGGGCUUUGUACUCCUUGUCUCUGCGUAAGCUGCGUCAAGAGAGCACUGGAUUCACUGCAGUAGUUAACAAGAUAAUGACCCUUCUGCUGCAAGCUGGCUGUCUGGGGAACAACAGAGCUCUACACCUGUCAUCAGUGCUCUACAGCAGUGGUGUAGGAGUGGAGAGGCAGCCCAAUAAGGCAUGGCUACUGUCCCUGCUGUCAGCCCAGAAGGACUGGAGACUGGCCUUGCUGCGUCUGGGGCACCUGCACCAGCUAGGUGAGCAUGGCAUCCCCCCAGACUCUGACCUGGCCUAUGCCUACUACUCUAACAUCGCCAAGCAGACAUCCUCCGACCAUCACAACCCCUCACCUCAGCAGAUGUUUGUAGAAUCUAUUUACCUGAACAAUGAGGAAGUGCUUCGGUUCCAAACCAAUGAAAACCAUGAUAUCUUUCACUGGUUAAAACUCCAGGCUCGCAAUGGAGCCGCAGAUGCAGAGCAAGCUGUGGCCCGUAUGCUGUUCUGGGGCCAGCAGGGCGUGUCUCCAGACAUCCAGACUGCUGUGAGACACUAUGAGAGAGGAGCUGUCCGUCUGGGGGACCCGGUGUCCAUGUAUGACUAUGCCAUAGUCCUCAUGCAGGGCCAAGGAGUCAAGAAAGACAUUCCAAGGGCAGUCACUUUCCUGAAGAAAGCAGUAGAGCAGGGUUUCACGCCAGCGAUCAACGCCCUUGGCUGGUACUAUGAGCAGUUUGAGAAAGAUUACCAGCGGGCAGUGCAGCUGUGGGAACAGGCUGAUAAACAAGGAAGCUCAGAUGGUGCUAUGAAUCUGGGUGUCAUGUACUCCCAAGGCCUGUAUCCUGGGAAAGCUGCAGACAAGUUCAUGGCCUAUACCUACUACCUGAAGUCUGCCCAAAGAGGAAACAUAGAUGGCUCCAUUCAGCUGGCUGAUGUGUGGACCACAGGGAUCCCUGGCCGAGUCAAGAGGCGUCCAGCAGAUGCUCUAUUAUGGGUUAAGUGGGCAGCUGAGCACAACGGACACCUUGGAAUGGUCCUCAGGAAGGCCUUGGAUUCCUAUUUUAAAGGGGAUAGCUUAAUGGCCUUGUUGUAUUACAUGAUGGCAGCUGAGUCAGGAUUUGCAGCCGCCCAGUUCAAUGUGGCGUACCUAUGUGAACAAAACCCUGUGAGUUUCCUGGAUCCCACUUUUGCAGCGCAGUGUAUGAGGAGACACUACAACCUGACCAGCCAGGCACAAGAUCCUGAUCCCUAUGCCCUGAUCAGGAUGGGUGACCUGCUGUAUGAAGGACAUGGGCGGAGACCAAGAGAUGUGGCAGCAGCAGCAGAGAUGUACAAACAGGCAGCACUAAGGAGUGACCCUCAGGGCUGGUACAGUCUUGGUGUGCUUGUUCAAGAGGAACAGGGGUUACCGUUGUCCGUCCUGUCUGAACUGGGUCUGACACAGCAUUACAUGGCAGAUAACACUGAGCUGGCGACUACACUUUACCGCAGGUGCAGAGACUCCAACAGCACAGCAGAGUCCUACUUACCCUGCAGCAUUGCCCUAUUCCAUGCCUAUCUGCAGUCUUUCCAAAAGGACUACAGUGCUACUAUCAAGGUCUCUGGUACUGUGGUCAUGGCAGUUGCAGUUCCACCAAUCCUCUUCAUCAUCCUCCGUGUUCUGAGGGGGCGUGGCAUCAUGUCUUAUUAUCACUAGGACCAGGAGACCCAUCAGCCUAUCAGCACUAUGAGGAAGAAGACUUGAUUGUAUCGGGAGCAAAAACUUUUUCACCGAUUUUUUUUUAUUUGACUGAUUUUGUUUUUAUAGCUAAAGGUAAAUUGUUUUUGUGUUUUUAUCUUUGUUUUAUCUGGAAUGAAGAUAGCACAAUUUCUUAAACUGAAUGUAUAAAGGUAUUUCAAUGUUCUGUAUGAUCAUGGUUUACAAAACUGUCUAUUGAUUGAGCAGU